AUGGACACGGAGAGCUCUCAUUCCCAGGACAAUGACUUUGCACAAUCACCCUGGGUUGACAUGGGAGGGUUUCACCCGGCUCAGCAGUCACCACCACUCGACGACUACCAUGGAUUCCCGUACGGUGUGAUCCCCUUGGACUCGGCAUAUGGGGUGACAAUACCGCCCCCUUAUGCUUCUCUUCCGUUAACGUUGCCAUCGAAUACGUGGCCGAGUAUGCUCACCAACCAUCAAUCGCACUUCCCGGAGGGGGGUUUGCCGCCAGUUCCCAUUCCGCCUUCGUCGGUCUCCCCCGUCACCCCAAUCCCGCCCCCGCGCAAGUCCUCCACGAGCAGCUCCACCCCGCGGAGAACGCUCACGGAUGAGGACCGUCGGCGAAUGUGUCUCUAUCACGAGGAGAACAAGACUGCUAAACAGACAGAUAUUGGAGCAUUAUUCGGGGUGGAAAGAAGUACCGUUUCAAAGGUCCUGCGCCAGAAGGAGAAGUAUCUUAACCCCGAUGAUGGAAGCCGUUCCCCCAUCAAACGGACCAAAGGGAGAGUGCCGGAUAUUGAAAAAGCCCUCUCCAACUGGGUGCGCAAUUACCAGCGCCAAGGUUACCCCUUGAGCGAUGAGAUGAUCCGAGAAAAGGCCAUCUUCUUUGCAAAUACGUGCGGGAGCCCUGAUGGAAAGGAGAAGGUGCUGAGCACCGCCUGGUUGGAGAAAUUCAAACACAGGAACGGCCUGUUAGGCGCGAAGUCCCGCAAGGGCUCCUUUGCUAGGAGCGACUCCGGGAGUCCCACUCGCUUGAGCAUCAACUCGGCUUUGGCGUCUGCGGUGCAAUCGCCCAGCGUGCUCUCCCCCACGUCGCCCACGGGCUUUGCCACGCCGUCACCCUUGUCGCCAACCCACAGCCAGUUCAAUAUCAAAACCGACGAGACGCACGACUUUGGGCCCGACUUGCACCAGGCCCUAUCCAGAAGCCCCCCCUCGCUUGAUACCACAUCUACCUUCUCUGCUGCGGUCGCGAGCCCUACGUCCACAUUGGUGUCGGAUAGUCCAUUUACUCCCACGAGUCAGUCUCGUAAUUCGUCGACAGACAGUCAUUCUAACCGACCCAGGAGCCAGACACUUCCAAUCAACUCGAUUGACCCGAGUCUGAUGUCGGCGGGCGACUCAACGGAGCAGGUGUCCCCCAAGACAGCGCUGGAGUCGCCUCUCUCUGCCAACGAGGCGUUCCCCGAACAGGUCCACAAUCCCCGUUUUACCCCGACUCUAGAUACCUCCGCGAACACCAUCAAGCGCAAUCGGAGCAACCCCGAAAUCAAAACCAAGACCAUCUACCCGCCUCUAUUCUCCAAGUCGACGACGGUCUCGCCCAUCAGCUCCCCUGGAUCCCCGACCCAGGACGAAGCCCGCAAGGCGCUCGAGCUGGUGAUGAGCUACUUUGAGCAGCAGCCCACCGGACUAGGCGCCCAGGAAUAUGUGACCAUUGGCAAACUGAUGGAGAGACUGGAGCUUGCAAAGGCGCAGCAUAUCACGCUUCCUGGCGGGUUGACUCGUAUCGAGGAACAUGAGGACGGGCCUCACCUCCACAAGAAGCGAAGCAUUCACUCUCUCGGCUGA